AUGCACUGCGGCCCCCAGGGCAUAGCGAGGUACCUGGGCUGCAUCUGCGCCGCCCAGCACUGCAUUCCCAGGUGCCCUGAGGUCUGUCUGCUUUUUCCAGGACACCUUUUCUUUCUCUCUCCCAGUGUCAAUGCCUGCGUGGACGUGGUUCUGUCUGGGGUGAAGCUGCUGGAGGCCCUGGGCUUGGAGCCCAGUGAUGGGAAGAACCAUGCAGUCCUGAACUCCAGGCAGGACCUGAGGGAGGCUUUUUCCCACUUCAUGGAGAGAGGGGCGGCCGCUGAGCGCUUCUUCAGUGAUGCUGAGGUGUUCCAGGACAUUGCACGGACAGCCUCGGAGCACCCUGCAGCACAGCUUUACGUGGGAGGAAAUGCUGCUCUCAUCGGGCAGAAGCUUGCCACUAAUCCAGACCUGAAGAUCCUCCUUUGUGGCCCAGUUGGUCCCAAACUCCAUGAACUGCUCGAUGACAAUGUGGUUGUGCCACCUGAAUCCAUGCAGGAAAGAGAUGAAUUCCAUCUUAUCUUGGAAUAUCAAGCAGGUGAGCAGUGGGGCCAAGUGAGGGCACCCGCUGCCAACCGCUUCAUCUUCUCCCACGACCUGUCCAACGGGGCCCUGAACAUGCUGGAAGUGUUUGUGUCCAGCCUGGAUGAAUUCCAGCCAGACCUGGUGGUGCUUUCAGGACUUCACAUGAUGGAAGGGCAGAGCAAGGAGAUGCGACACAGACGACUCAUGGAGGCUGUGGCCUCCAUCUCUGAUAUCCCAACUGACAUUCCCAUACACCUGGAACUGGCCAGUAUGACUGAUCAGGAUUUUAUGAGCAACAUUAUGCAUCAGGUCUUUCCCCUGGUGAACUCCAUCGGGCUGAACGAGCAGGAGCUGCUGUUCCUCACCCAGUCCGCCUCUGGCCCCCAUGCCUCUCUGGCCUCCUGGAGCGGCAUCCCUGACGUGGGGGUGGUCAGCGACAUCCUCUUCUGGAUCCUGAAGGAGCACGGCAAGACGGCGGAGCGCGCCUCGGACCUGACGCGGAUCCACUUCCACACGCUGGCCUACCACAUCCUGGCCACCGUGGACGGGCACUGGGGCAACCAGGCGGCGGCGGUGGCGGCGGGGGCCAGGGCCGCCGGCACCCAGGCCUGCGCCACCGACACCAUCGACACCAGCAAAGUCUUCCUCAAAGCUCCUCUGGAGUUCCUCACCUCCCACACCGAGGCACCGGCCAAAAUCUCCCUGGAUCCAGACAAGCCCGUGGUGCAGUGGCACAGGGAAGGCAUCUCCUUCCACUUCAGCCCCGUGCUGGUGUGCAAGGAUCCCGUCCGGACCGUGGGGCUCGGGGAUGCCAUUUCAGCAGAGGGACUGCUCUAUUCCGAAGCCUAUCCUCAGUAAAUACCAGGACCCUCCUUCUUCUCCAGCGCUGCACGGGGUCUGAGACCCGUGGAUUGGGAUUGAAGCAGUGGUGGUAUAGGAACAGAACCAGGGUGUGGUUUGUUUUCUGGGUAUAACUGAAAAAGAGCCAAAGAAUAAUUCCAGGUAUAAACUGCCGGCUACAUUCCAGUCACUCAGCAGUGACUCGAGCACUUCACAUGCAGGUCAGGUGCAGUUGUUUUAAUAUUUAAUGUGAAAACUGGCUUUGUCUUAAGGGGAAGGGACACAAAGACCAAAAUCCCUGGCUGGCAAGGUUUGCUGUUCAUAGCUCAGAGUGGACCUUUUCUGAUCAGUGCUGGGGAGUGCAGCAGCAGGAGAAUUUCCUGCCCCUGAAUCCCAGGGAGAGCACAGCAGUGCCUGGCCCUGCCUUGCCUCUGGUAAAUUCAAAAUAAAAGGCAUGUGGGUUAUCUCCUCCCAGCACAUUGCAAACCUUGCUUGGGGUGAGGAUGGAAUUAUUGCCUGGUGCAAUCACCUCUGUGUGUCCAGCCCCAGAGGGAGCCACAGUCCCAAAAUGUGACACAGACUGAGCCUACUCCAGGCUGCACAGGUGAUUCUGGGUAUCUGUGACUAAGGGUGUUCAACUGAGCCCCAGCAGUCUGUGCUUCGUUUUUAGGAAACCAGGAGUGAAGAUAAUCAGGGUUUCUGUUUUGGGGGACAGCUCUGCUUCCCUUCCAGGGAACCCCCAAACCAUUCCCCGUGUUUGCUGCACACUAAAUACUCUGCUAAUGGUGUGUUACAGAAAAGCUCUCGAGUGCUGGAGACUCAUUUUUGGUUUUGAGAAUGGUUGUGCCAAAUUCUUCAGUCUCCCUGCCCUCUUAUUAGGAAAGGUUAAUGUAUUACGGAAGGUCCCUCUGGAAGCUCAAAAGCUGCAACAGUGUUUUCCAGGUAAGGCUGAAGUGAGGAGGCUGUUUUAGGGUUUGAUGUUGGGGUUUUUUUGAUUAGGUCACUGAUAGUUGCUUUGCUCUGGCCUUUGAAAUUAAAAAAGCAGAACCAUGUGUCCUUGUUAAAUAUUUUGCUUCUAUUUUUUUACCUUUUCACAGUCACACACUAAGAAUUGUAGAGCACCAGCAUGGUUUUCUCUCUUUCCAGCAUGGUUUUGUUUCUGGCCACUUCAGGAACCUGGAGUUCAUUUGCACAGCUCUCAAGCCAGUUUUCAGAACUGGGUUAAGUGCAAUCAGCAUGUUUGGGCAAGCCUGUGCCUUACCAUAGCUUGGUGGAGGUUGUUCCAGGUCAGUCUUUGCACCUGAAUGGAGGGAGGAGAGUCUGUGUCACUCAGGGUGGAGUGAUCUGUUGCUGUAACACUGUCAGGCUGCUGUCAGUGGUGUUCUCUGCUGGGAAAAGCCAUCCUGGCUGCCCUGCAAGGAUGAAAGUUGGCAGCUGUUGUACUUGCACUGACUCAGCACACAAUGCUGUCAUGUGUAUUUAGCUUUCCCCCUGAGCAAAGCCUUCUGUGUUGUACAGAGAAGUACAGUCUGCGCUGUGUUUUCCUGCAGCUCAGCCCACCCUGAGCUUCCCUUGAGUGUCAGUAUUUUAUCCAGGUGCAGGAUCUUCUUAAGACUGGAGGCAUUUCUACCCAGAUUAUUUUUUAUGAUUAUUACUACUAUUAUUAUUAUCAUUGAUAAACUGUAGCACAGGACUUGGAGUUCUGGUGUAGUCUUCCUAAACUGAAAAUAAAUUAAAACAACCUCUCCUUUAGGCUCGGGGGUCCAAGGCUUACACUGUGGAUUCUCAACCUGGAAACAAAACAAAACUAAAUAUACACAAGCUGUCACCAGCCACAGCCCUGCUGCUGUAUUUCACUUCUUUCUUCCCAGAAGACUUCCAGGGAUGUGAGGCUGCUGGGACUGACAUUCCUUAAAGCCACCUAAAAACACGUGACUGCACCUACAGACCUUGUCCCAGAGUCAGUUGUGCUUGCAUUGGACAGGAGCAUGACAGGCUAAAAUCAGCUUUUUUAGUCUGAGUCAAUAAAUGUUGUAAAGAAUCAUUUAAAUCAUUUAAAGAAUCAUUUAAAAGGCUUACUGCUUAGGAAUCAUCUGGGCCAAAAAGCUGAACUGAUAAUUACUGUUACUUCCCUCUUCCUGCUGCUCCUCAUAGGUAAACAUUUCUGCUGUGGCCCCUUCUGGGUGUGCUGGGAACACCUGGCAUGGGGAGUGCCAGCUCUAAUCCCAGCAGCUCAGCAUGGUCAGGCUGCUGCUGUACCCAAAUUGCUUUAUCAGGCACACAGAACUCAUCUGUGCCCAAAGUCACUUCCCAAGGGGAAUCUUUAACCACUAUGUCCUCAGCUGUGCCAGUGGGAUCCCUGAUUAAGUUGUGGAACAAUCUAUAUGGUAAUAAAUCUGAAUUGAAUGGAGGGGCCCAGCAGCCUUUGCUUUGUUUCACAUGCUGUGAACAUGAUGUGCUUAACUUCCUUCUGCCCUCCUAAAUUAAUAACAGGGAGGCAGAUCUGAAAUCCUUCCCCUGCACCUGUAGUCUCACACCUCUGCACAGCUACAGUAGUGACAACAAAGAAAAGCUGCUUCAACUGCUGCAAAAAUACCAAAGCUUCAAAAACAGGCUCGAGCUGACCCUGCUCCCCCUCAUCCUCUGUCUCUACAAAUUCUAUUUGUUCUCCUGUGUUACUUGUACCUUGAAAUCCACAGUGAUGGAUGACUCAAACCUCAGCCAGCCUCGCUCCUGAAGCAGGGUUUGCACUGGAAAUGUUUAUUCACAGGGAUUCUGCUGGAGAUGCAGCAGUAGAGCUCAGCACUGUGACAGCUCUCCAUGGUAAAACCUGUGCAUGCUGGUAUUUUCACCCGUGUGUUCCUGCAGCCACCUUGUCUUGGGUUUAAUUUUGUCUUAUCCAUGAUCCAAAAUGAGCAUUCUUCCCAUGUUUUCUGUGUGUGGCACUUACUAAGGGUCAAGUGCUGUAUUAUUUGGGAGGUGUGAAUUACAGGGGGCUGGCAGAGUCUCAGAGGACACAUUCCUUCUCCACCGUGCCAUUGGUGCUGUGUCAUGGAAGAGCCAAUCCCAAAUCCAACUCCUGCCAGUUUAAAGGCUCUUCAUCUUUGUUCCUCUCCAGGUGAGUUUCACAGCAUUACUGAGAAUUACUUGAUUUUCUUGUGUUUCCGGGUUAUCUCUUGUUGGGAUGUGUGAGAUCCAGUCAAGUUUGCCCUCCCUUCCUAAGUUCAUUUUACAGAACUGGUGCUGAAAUGUUCUUCCUCAGCCUUUAGCAAAGACUUCAUUACCUGCUUUGUGCUGGAUGUUUUAGAGCUCAGCUCAACUCCUUAGCCACUGCAAUCCAAAGCCUGGAGAGCAGCAGAGUACUAAGUCCAUUCCAAAACCCAAUGGAAAACUGUCAGCAGUUGUGCUUGGCUUCUUUUUUACUAUUUAUUCUGUAAUGAUACACUGAAUGAUCAGGAUUUCUGUGCCACAGGGUCACCUUUCCAGCAAUGUCCUGAGGAAACAGCUGAAUAAUGGGAUAAUUCUGUGAAAUGGUACAACAGAACUCAAUUUCCAGUUCUCCUAAAAUGUUGGUUUGGGGGUUCUUUUGGAGCGUGCAGCUUAAGUGAAAGCUGAGGGGUUUGAGUGAGUGAACAGCUGAAGUGUCUCUGUGCCAGUAUUGCCUCCAUGCAAUCUGUUCCAAAACAGUGCUGGCACAAACUUGUGUCACACAAUUGCUGCCUUGCUAUUCCUGGGCUAAGGAACCUCAGAGUGUUGUGGAGAACAGGAGAAAACUAGAGGAAAAUUCUGGGUCUGAGUAAUCUUUGCAGUAAAACUUGGAUCUCAGAGCCAGGAAUGCUGGUUCUGCCUUUUGGAGAUGUUGGAUGAAGUUCUCCUCUUUCACUCCAGAGCAGUUUCUCGUGUGGUAUCUCAGCUGGAUCUAGGUGGAAUUCUCAGAGAGUCACUGAUCCAGACUCUGGUGGGAGGAUGUUCUCUCGGCAAAGGAAAGGUGCAGGUUGGAAAUAGCACAUGGGUAUUGCCUCCUGUGCCAGGAGCUGUUCCCAGCAGCCUGGCAUCAGCCUGUGCUCAACAGAUCUCACAGCAGCUGAGGAACACAAAUGAUGGCAGGAAUUAUCCUAUUAAAAUGCAAGGGGAGGCAAUGGAAAAAAUACCCUGGAAACCUCCCCUGUGAGUUUCUCAGGAAUGCUGCCCCUCAGUGCAGACUGGAUAAAACUGGGUUCAGAUCUCACCCGUGUCUUCCAUUAAGAACACAGAUUUUUUGGAGCAGUGUGGUUUGAGGGAGGGGUAAAGCUGUCCUUGUAGCAGAAUUGGGAUUUCUCUUUUAGAAAAUGUUGGCAGAUGGAGUACUUGUUAUAACAUGGACUCUUUUUGAAUGCAUUAUGUGUGGAGCUUAUUACUUCAGUCAAGUUUUCCUCCAUUCAGCACUGAGGCUUGUCUGUCUCUGCAGAAGAUGCUUUGCCAACUGAAACCCACUCCCCAACUGGGAAAUCUAAAUUCUGAACAGCUUUAAGGCCCCCACAUCCACCUUGCUCAAUCACAACUAAGCAAACAAGUACAGGAGCACAGCAUGUACUCAUUAAUACUGUCUGUACCAUAAAUCAGCAUCCAGUUGUCUCAGGGACCUCAACACCACAUUUUUUGGGUUGAACACAUGUUGCUGGAUAGACAGAUCAUUACUCUUGGCUGGAACAAGGUCUUGCUGCCCAGGCAUUGAUGUUUGAAUGUCUUUUGGUUUGUUUCCUGUGCAGAAGCCAAGAUGCAAAGUACCUUGUGAGCUCUGUGUUACCCUGUUCAUCACAGACCUCUCCCUAAAAAGGGGAAGAGAAGUCCUAAAGCAGAUGGUUUCUGCUUCCCUUGAAAUUAAGCUCAUGAUUCUUUUCCGUUAAGGGGGAGGAAAGAGGGGAUUCAAAUUAUGGCUGAUGCCAGAAACAGGUUUUGGAACAUAAGGUGUGAUUUCCAAAAUCCCUAAAUGCCUCAGUGCAGUCCUGCUGAAGAGUCCCUUACUUAAUUCCAGCUGAAAGAGCAGUCCAGUCUCAUUACCAUUAGCACAAAAAUGCUCUCCAGAAAGAUCCCAGGAAUUUACUGCAUGCAAAUGCCACCAUUACCAUGCCCAGGGGAGGAAAGGGGACAGGACAGGAAUUGUAGCUCUAUUUAUUAUCCAACUGGAAUUACAUAUUUAAAAAUGCUCCCUUAGACAUGAAGCUCCCAGGAAGUAAGAAGGUGCUACUGCUUCAUUUCAUAGAAGAAUUGGUUCACUGUUGCAUAAGCUUUUCACAAAAUAUGUAUUUAAAAUAAAUCCCUUCACAGUACCUCCAAGUGCAGUACGUGCUCCCUGUGUGACAUUUAUCCCAUCAAAGCAUCCUAGGACAAAAAUCUGCCUUGACUUAAAAGUUUUGGGGCUGAAGUGAAGAAUUCCCAGCCCCUGCCCACCCCUGCUCUGCAAUCCUCACCUCUUCUUCCCAGGCACUCUGUUAGCUUCAGUGUAAGAAGUUAAAUGUGAAUAAAAAUCUGCACUGUACUUGA